AUGGUAACUCCACAGACGCUCGUUCUGCCCAGCGGGCACGAGAUUGUCCUGACGAGUGCUGUGCCCUCCUUUCAAGAAGGUAACUUCUUCAUGGCGCUUCUCUUCGAUGCGAAGCGACUCAAGAACGGAGGAUUGGAAGCGAUCAAGAAGGCUGGCAUUCACUGCUCAGACCAGGAAGGAAAGAACCGGGUGCCAGCUCAGAUGUUCGUACCCGACCGAAAACCUCCGUGGACGCUCGCUCUGCAUUGCCCUUGGCCGCAAGCAGAAGCAAAAAAGGGGGCGUACGACAUCCUUCUGGACAGUGCUCAUGGGCAGAAGAUUGGGACUGUUCACGCAGCUUACAAGCCGGGUCUCCUGAGACGCUACGGCACCACCGCCUGCAUCAACAAUGUUUGGAAUGGAGUUGAGCCCACCCUCAAGCUUGUGCCUCCGUGGAUGGAGUUCCAGCUGCUGCACGGCGUGGACCACUUCCUUGUCUACACACAGCAUGGUACCGAUGUGUCAGUGUUGGACUUGUACGAGCCUUACAUCAAGGCGGGCCUAGCAACAAGGGUCCACUUCAAUGUGUCCGCAAAACUCUCUACGGGUUAUCAAACCCAGCCCUGGAUGGCGAACGAUUGUCUUUACCGUGCCAAAGGCCACACACGCUGGCUGAUGCCCACGGUGGAUGCAGAUGAGUAUUUCAGGUUGGGCCAGAAUGACACGAAGGGCGACUACUUGAGAACGUUUUGGGACCAAAUGGCAAAGGAGGAACUGGUGCGGAAGAACAUGUCUGUGUACGCGAUCACCGCGCCGCGUAUUAUCUUCGAGAGGAAGAUCAAUCCAAAAGACCUGGAUCACCUUGAUAUCUCCACAGCAUAUCGCUAUCCGUCCAGUUGUAAUCUUCCAAAGUUUGUGUGCAGACCCGACAUGGUCAACACAACAUGGAUACACUGGCCCUCGAGCUUCAUGCCCGAGGGGUUUGAAAACUACCAGCUCGACAUGGAAAGAGGCUUUUUUGCCCACUACCGCGACAGCCCAACUCAACCAACUAUGGCAAAGACCAAGAAGACGGGGCGGAAGCCGGACGUCUUGGAUGAGACCCUCCUGGCCGACAUCCCGGCCGUGCACAUGGCGUUGGAGCGUCGCUUCCGCAAGCCAUGGGCUGAGGUUGCCGCGAAGUUCACAAAAGGCUCCGAUGAGGCAAUCCUGGCGGCAUCUUGA